AUGUUAAUUCCACAAAGUAAGCCUGAAAAUGUACUAAGACGUGCUGAAGAAUUAAUUGCAGUUGGCCAGAGCGCAGCAGCUCUGCAAUCUCUGCAUGAAUUGAUACUUUCUAAAUGUUCCCGUAAUACUUCAGUGUCAUCUUUAAAGCCAAUCAUGCUUCGUUUUGUUGCAUUGUGUGUAGAUUUGAGAAAAGGAAAAAUGGCAAAAGAAGCAUUAUAUCAAUACAAAAACAUUGCUCAGAACACAUCAGUUGGGACAAUAGAGGUUGUUUUAAAAAAAUUCAUUGAUCUUGUAGAAGAAAAGGUAUCAGAAGCACAAGUUCAUGCAGAGAAACUUGUUCUGGACGCAAUAGAUGACUUGGAAGCGUCUGAAACACCAGAAAAUAUCAUUCUCUCAACGGUUUCUGGGGACCAGUCAAAGGAUCGUACUGAUCGUGCAGUGGUGACACCGUGGCUUAAGUUUCUUUGGGAAACAUAUCGCACAGUACUUGAAAUUUUAAAGAACAAUGCAAGACUUGAACAAGCGUAUCAAAGCACUGUAAAUCAAGCCUUUGAUUUUUGUUUAAAAUAUUCGAGAAAAACAGAAUUCCGUCGACUUUGUGAUAUCCUUCGUACUCAUCUUCAAAAUGCUACUAAGUAUUCUGGACAGCAGCAUUCAAUUAAUUUUAAUGAUCCAGAAACACUUCAACGUCAUCUAGAUACACGCUUUUCCCAAUUAAACGCAGCAGUAGAACUUGAACUUUGGCAAGAAGCGUUUAGAUCAGUCGAGGAUAUUAAUAAUCUUUUAGCACUUUCAAAGAGACAACCCAAAUUAUUUGUAAUGGCAAACUACUAUGAGAAACUUGGAAAAAUUUUCGCAGUUAGUGAAAACUAUCUGUUUCAUGCAGUUAUUUGGAAUAAAUACUAUGGAUUAAUAUCUUCUCAAAAUAAAGGAGCAGAUGACAAGGAGCUUGAGCGAGUAGCAUCUUUAGUUCUUUUAUCUGCAUUAGCGAUUCCUGUUAUUAGUACAACAAGAUCAAAAGGAAGUAUUAUGGAAAUAGACGAUACGAAAAUUCGCAACACAAAGCUUGCGGCAUUAUUGUCACUUUCUAAGCUUCCUACAAGAAAUAGUCUUUUAAAAGAAGCGCUUGGAAAAAACAUUUUGGUUUAUGUAAGAAAGGAAAUCAAAGAAUUGUGCAAUAUACUAGAAGUGGAGUUUCAUCCUUUAAGCAUUUGUCAAAAAGUUGAGCCUUUGAUUAAAAUAAUAUCUCAAGAUCCAGAUAUGAUACAAUAUAUCAAACCUCUUCAACAUGUUAUACUUACUCGUUUGUUUCAACAAUUAUCUCAAGUAUACGAGACAAUUAAAUUAGACUUCAUCCUUAGUCUUCUUAAUUUUUCAGAACCAUUUCAUAUUGACUCAAUUUAUAUUGAAAAAUUUAUUAUGAAUGCAUCUAAAAAAGGAGAACUAUCUAUUCGAAUUGAUCAUUCAUCUAAUUCAUUAAUUUUUGAAACAAAUAUUUUUGCAUCUCAUCAUACUAUAGCAGAUAGCAAUGUUCGACUACAAUCUACACCAUCCGAGUUAAUACGUUCUCAAUUGUCGCGUAUAGGAAAAUGUUUACUUACUACAGUUUGUAUUAUAGAUAAAUCUUUUCUUCACGAGUUGGAAGAUCAAAAGAAUAUUGCAAACGAACACACAGCUAAUGGCAUUGAAAAAGAACAAAAAGAUACAUUAGCCCGAAGAGCCAUUAUUGAACAUCGAAAGGAAGUUGCUGAAAACAUGAUGAUUUAUAAGGAAAAAGAAGCGGCAACCAAAAGAGCACAAAAGCUGCAACAGGAACAAGAAGCGGAACAAAGACGUGUCGCUGAGGAAGCAAAGAAGAGAGAAGCAGAACGUAUUAAAAAAGAAACAGAUGCUAUUCGCGCUGAAGAAGCUAGAAAGUUAGCCGAUGAACUUAAAGCCAAAGGUGCCCUAAAGGUAGAUGUCGAUGGAUUAGAAGGACUGGAUACAUCUAAAUUAAGAGCUAUUCAGCUAGAACAACUUGAGAAAGAAACCCGUGAUCUUAAUGAAAAAUUACGUGUUACUUCUAAACGAAUUGAUCAUCUUGAAAGAGCAUAUAGAAAAGAAGAGCUUCCUCUCCUUAAGCAAAAAGCUAUUGAGCAGUUUACCUCAGACAAAAUAUUUUAUGAAAAAGCAAGAAAAUUACAACUUGAAGCAUCUCGUGUAAAGCACGAUCAUAUGGUUGCACUCAAGCAUCGUUUUCAAAGACUCUAUCCAGACUAUGUGAUUUACCGUGAAACAUUUUUAGAAAAAUGCAGAAAAGAAUUUGAUCAACACUGCAAGAUUGCCAAUGAAGCUUUAGAAAAAGCCAAAGAAGAAAGACGAAUGGCUUAUCGACUUAAGAAAGAGGAAGAAGAAAGACAAAGAUUGGAAGAAGAAGAAAGAAAAAGGAAAAAGGAAGAAGAAAGAGAAAGAAUUAGACAAGAAGAGCUUAGGCUCAAAGCUAUUGAGGAAGAGAAUAGGGCUAGAAAAGAAGAAGAGCUGAGAAAACUCGAUCAAAUGGCAGAAAAACAAAAACAAAAAGAACUCGAGGUGGAGAGAAAACUUCAACGAAAAAAAGAAGAAUUAAAAUCACUCGACCAUAACUAUGAUCGAUGGACGAAAAAAGAUCGAUUACCACCCUCCGAUCCAUCAGGAGAAGAAAAAUGGAGACCUGGAAAGGGUUCCUGGAGACUUCGUGUUUCCGAACGGCAAGAAUUAACUGACCCACAUUCUUCACCUAACGAAACCAAACCCGAUCCACAAUCAAAACCUACUUCCACUAGGCCAUCCACCACUGACCCUCCUUCCACUGGAAUAUACAAGCCUCCUGCUGCAAGGAAAGAAAACUCUCGUUGGUAA